AUGCAUAACAGAAUGAAGGGAGUGAUGGCUGAUAACCUGGACCUCAGUUUCCUCACAGAAGAUGAGUAUCAGGCAGUCCUGAAGGUAGUUCAGAGGGAUUCUGAGCUCAAGCAAAAGGACAGUGAACGGAUUAGGACAAUACAGCAAUCCAUUCAAGAUGAAAAGCAAAAGAAGCUUGUUACUGGACAGUGGUUUGAUGAGGUUAAAGCAAAACGAUACAGAGAUGCCUUACUUGGAGUGGAUCUGAUCAAGGCCUCGAUGAGAAGAGAAAAUCCCAUUAAGCAUGAGACUGCUGAAAAGAUCGAACAACAGCAAGUCCAUCAGACUCCACCACGUGCCCAACCAAAACUGCCUCAAGCUGCAAAAUGUGAAAAUACAAGCUUUGCAACUGGUGAAGCUCCCAAGGAACAGCCAGGUGAUGUAGAAAAUGUCCUGACAAAACAACAAAUUAAACCAAGGUCAACAGUCAGACAAGAUACUCAGCGGACGCCACAAAAUGAUUCUUGGGAGAGCAGUAGUGAUGACUCCGAUACUGUACGUGUUUCUCCAGAAACACUUGAAAAGGGUCUGUACAGAUCUGCAGUCUUCAGAACAGAAUCUGCUGCUGGUGGACAGGUUCCAGACCCAACAAAGCAUGACAAUGUUGCAUACUCCCCUGAAGACACCACAGAAGCCCACCUGUCUACUGAGAUUAGGGAGCCAACCUCUGCUUCAGUUGAAUACAGCCCACAGGUUCCAAGAGUGCAGGAGCAUUUAGUGCUGACAGAAGAUCCACAGAGGACUCCAGAAGAGCCUGAGCACAGUAAUCUGAAUGAUCAUACAGUCACAACUGUGGCAUCCCCAGUGCGGGAGAACAUCAGGGAUGUGCAGAAACCAAAAAAGACAGUGGCCGUUCAUUAUAAAGGCGCACCGAUCUACCAGACCUCAGCAACCAGUGACAAAAAGAAAACAGUUACCUCAAACAUUUCCCACAUUCCAAAACGGAAGAACCAAGUCAAGGAAAGUGGAGAAGUAACCUCUGAGAAACCUGAAGAUGUAACAUCUGAGCAGGGUUCACGAGUUUUACCUCCAACCAUUGCUACUGAAGACCAACAAGCACAUCAGCCACUGGAAGGACUGGAUUUAUCAGCAACCCCACAAAUUCCAAGGCUUAAGAGGACCCUAGAAACAACAGGUGAAAAUUCACAUGCAUUUGUUGAAGAUCUGAAGCAAUCAAAUAAAGGUCUGCCAGGUAAGAACAGAGCUGCUCAGGUGACUGACCCAGGAAAGGCUGCCUUCCAACCUACUCCCAGAAUAGCUAAGUAUCAGACGUCCUCUUCUGAUGAUGAGGAAGAGAAAAGUCAUAAGCUAGGUGCUGUUUUCACCAUCAGUGCCUUGGGUAAUAAGCAUUCUGAAGAUGAAGUACUCACUGAUCCCAGCCAUUUUAAAAACCUGAAGCAUUUUUGGGAAAAAGAAAUUGAUUCCAAUAAAGGAAACAAUGCUACUUCCACAAUUCCAUUCAGAAAAAUUAGAUCACCAGAUCAUAGAAGCAGCCUGACUGAAAUGAAACAUUUUACAGAGGCUGAGUCAAAGUCCAGGGAAAGUCUUCCAGCCAGUGUCUCGUCAAAACUGGAACCACUGGGAAGAUUGCCAGGUCCUUGUUCCUCUGAGGAAGAGGAAAAAGUCACCCAAUUGACUAAAACUAGCAAGUUGCCUCCAGUUCCCACUCCAAGAAUCAAAACAACUAUCAAAGUGGGAAAGAAUGAUGUGACUACAUCCACUGAUAAAGCAACCAAAGCAUUUGUCCAGAGCGCUUACAGCAGUGACGAUCAAGCACAAGACAGCAGUGUUCCAGAAUCUAUUCAAUGUGGAAAACCUACAAGCACAACGAUGUCCAGUAGCUCCAGUUCGGAUGAAUCUUUGCCUGUCAUGAAAAACAAUCACAAUGCAUCUGUUGAUGUUGUUGAGGAAACUGUAAAAGAGAAGAUUCUUUCACCAAAGGAGGAUGCAAGAAAGGAGAUGCACGAGAAACUAAAGAAAUUGGCAGCUGAAUCAGCCUUGUAUGACGCAGCUUCAAUUACCCACUCCACUGCAACAAAGGUUGAUGAAGACAUUUCUAAGGAGAGCCAAAUAUCUUCUGACAAUAGCUGGAAGCAGGAGACCAGGGCACCUUUGAAACAUGGCACAUGCCAUCCCUUACUGAAGGACAAUGAAGAAACCACAUCAAAUUUUGUAUUGACAUUGGACUCGGAAACUGUUGCUGUAAAAAAUGAGUUGGCUGAUAAUUCUCUAAAGAGCCAGGUAGAGAGCCUGGUGAACAGGUCACCUGAUAUUGAUAGAAUUGAACCUGAGACCACAGGGAACUCUAAGAAGCGUGUGAUACUGAGAAGUGCAAGUGAAGAAUCAACAAAAUUAGCCAAGAAGGCACAUUCUGGAGAUACAGAUGUGCAAAUAUCAUCUAUGGAAGAUCUCCAGUGUGCGGUCAAUUUGUCCCCUGUAGUGGAUAAGAAACCUCUGGCCCUCACUAGUACAUACAGCAGUGAUGAUGACCUAACAAGCAAAGCAGCAGAUAGAAGUUCCAGAAAUCCAGUGGAGCAGUCUUCACCUGUUGUUCUUUGUAUCGAUGAUUCGGAGAGUAACAUUGAUUUUCAGAGGAUAGAAUCAGGACCUACUUAUGGAUUGUCCCCUGUUAUGAGGGCCUUAGCCAGAGCCAGAAAGGCUAAUGCUAAGAGCAUGGACAACCUCAUCUCUACUCUAGACAGAGAAACAAUCACUUCCUUGGUGAAUGACAAUGAAACAAAAGGAGACGGUAAUGAUCAAUUACCAACUGAAGAGAAGAUAUCUGUAAUAAAGACUCCAGUCUUGGAGCAUGCCAGGGUGAAGGAGCUGAGCAAGUCUGUUCCCAUGCUGAUGACUGAGAGUGAAUCUGAUUCGGCCUCCGAGAUCAGCUUCAACAUUGGAUGGCACAGGAAGACCCCUAGUGAUGCCAGCCAUUCUUCAGAUAUGGCAUCGGUUUCUUCGGUGAGUGGAAGCAUCAUGAGUGUUUACAGUGCUGAUUUUGGAAGUAUUGAUGCCCAGGGGUCAGUUCAGUUUGCCUUGGAUUAUAACGAGAAGAACAAGGAGUUCCAAAUCUAUGUGAGUCAAUGUAAGGACCUGGCAGUGGUGGAUGAGAAGAAGGGACGAACUGAUGCGUAUGUAAAGACCUACUUGCUUCCAGAUAAGGCACGCAUGGGCAAGAGGAAAACCUCUGUCAAGAAGAGAAACACUAAUCCGCUCUACAAUGAAAUACUGAAGUAUAAAAUCGAGAAGAGUGUUCUCCUGAUCCAGAGACUGAAUUUGUCUGUCUGGCAUAAUGACACACUGGGCCGGAAUAGUUUUCUGGGAGAGGUGGAUCUGGACUUGGCCAGUUGGGAUUGGAGUAAUCGAGAGCUAAACUGGUAUCUUCUAAAAUCGAGGAUUCCUGCAGUGGGAGUUGAAGUAGACCACAGAGGAGAAAUAAACCUCGCCAUCAAAUACAUCCCAGUGGGCACCUUAGGCACUGGGGAUCCCCCUACUGGAGAAGUGCAUAUCUGGAUGAAAAAUGCCAGGGACUUGCCGCAGCUGCGAUCGUCAGGAGUAGACUCAUUUGUGAAAUGCUACGUGCUCCCUGACACAAGUAAGAAGAGCUACCAGAAGACCCGGAUCGUGAAAAAAGACAUCAAUCCAGUUUAUAACCAUACUAUUGUAUAUGAUGGUUUCAGAACAGAGGAUCUUAAGGAAGUUUGUGUUGAACUGACAGUCUGGGACCAUGAAAAGCUGACCAAUCAUUUUCUGGGUGGACUCCGGCUGGGCCUUGGUACAGGAUAUAGUUAUGGAAUUCCAGUUGAAUGGAUGGACUCAACAGAAGAAGAGGUGGCUCUCUGGCAAGAAAUGAUGUCCAGUCCAAAUGAAUGGAUCCCAGGUUCCCUGAUACUUCGAUCUCGACUAGGGGGCAAGAAGCUUAAAUGAAACACACCUUGUGGAAAAAUAAAGACAUUUUAGGAUCAUUGCUGCCAAAGAGUCACUGAUUAAAUACCGAUGUUGCCCUUAAUGCAUGAAUCAAGUGGAAGGUUUCCAAUAUAUUUUCCUUCUGAUAGAACUGAAUUUAUUGCCUUUGCUGACCUUGAAUUCCUUUUACAGAAUUCCAUUCAAAUGCUUAAGCAAAUAAUUCUGUUUCAAUGACCGUGGUAUUUCAAUGUUGAUAUUUCCAUAGGUACUUCCUCAGGAACCACUUGCUUCUUGCAUUUUACCAAAUGGGCCUCUCCGUUGAAUACAAGUUUCACAUCUCAUUUAGGAAGCAUAGUAACAGGAAGCAAAGGUUAUUGGUGUGACAACUUCUUUUCUGAAGAAUUUCUCUGUGAUUCCCAUUACUAAAGGGAUCCUUGGGAAUACGCCAACAUUUAACAAAAGAGUGGUUACCUGUAGUUGUUUGUUUUAGAGGCACAGCACAGUGACAGGUCCUUCUGGACUAAUGAGCCUACACCACCCAUGUGACCAAUUAAACUACUAAUUUGUAUGUCUUUGGAAUGUGGGAGGAAACCCACAUGGUUACAGGGAGAACAUACAAACUCCUCACAGACAGCAGCGGAAUUGAACUCAGAUCACUGGCACUGUGAAGUGUUAUGCUAGCUGCUAAACUACCAUACCAGUGCCGCUCCCUGUAAUACCCCGUUAAACUAAAUUAAUCAUCACCCAGAACUUAAGAGUGGGAAGUAAGUAAGUAGCUGAACCACUUGGUUAUUGCUUGCCUUCCACUAUAAUGGUUUCUGACUAGAGGGCAAAUUGAGGGGGAAACGCUGAUGACCAGCUCAGGAAGCAGUAAGCAGUUAAUGGACUAUGAUCAGACUGGAGAAACAGUCAACAGAGAGAAUAAAUGGAACAGUGAUCUCCAUGUAGGUACUGGACUGGAUAGAGCUUUGCUGACUCAAGUGAAUCAUUAGUUUAUAAAGGAUAUUAUUUAUACCUUUUGCCUCCCUUUUAAAUCAGCUGUUAGCUUCUACUAAAGACCAGCUGAUUCUUGCUUUGGAAUAAAAAGGUUUGUAAACAACAGUGAAGCUGUCUCAGCAAAUGAGUGUUCAUGCAGACUCCAAACUUCUUUUUGAGAUAUCCUGUAAUUGUAGCUUAGAAGAAAAUAAAUGUUAAUAUGAAAAGCUCACAUGGGAAAGGAUCAUAAUACAACAUGUUCUCAAGUCAUAAUAUCCAGCUGACUAAAGUGGAUUAGGAAAAUUGUGGUUCACAUUGAGGCCCAUAAUGUUUUCGCUUUAAUUGGAGUGUAGCUGCCAACGUGCCUGGUACGCUGCGUCAUUAUUAAAUUCAAUUCAAUUGAAGAUUUAAUUAUUUUUCCAUUCCAUUUUGGUAAGAGUCAUUCAUGCAAGUACAAGAAUUUAAACACAAAGCACUUCCUUUUGAAGGGCUACUUUAAAUGUACUGAUACUUGUUAAUUGGUGUGUAUAACGUGACUAAUUCAACACGGUGCUUGAGACUUCUCAUGGAAUGAACCAUAUGUUCUGAUUGAAAUGGGGCAAAUGUCAAAGCAAUUUGUCCUUUACACAAAGAAAUCUUUUUUCUCCCCACCCACACAAUUUCCUCCCCAGCCAAUACUAGUUAUAUUUAGAAACAUGGCCAAGUAUUUGCCAGCCCACCAAUUAUCAAAAGAGAGCAUUUCUGCCACAAGUAGAAUUUCUGCCACAAAGUAGACAAUUGCUGUCUCUAUGACAUACUAGUCGAUGGUUAAGGUAGUUAUUUAUCAUUCUAUUUAUAAAUGUGCCACGUGUGUGAAAAAACAUCUGUCUCUUCCCAGAGGGGGGAAAAUCAAUUUUCUCAGCAGAGAAACCCUAGAGAAUUGAGUUGAUAUAUGCCAACACCUCAUUUGUAAUAUUGAAACGACCUGUUCAACUUGGCAUCAUUUCCAAAUGGUUUGUUGCUGCUAUUUUCUGAUGUAGUUUGCAAUUAAAUGUUUACAUGUUGUAAUAUAUUCUAUGGCUGAUAGUUAGUGUCUAAUUAUUAGCUAUUACUGAUGUGAAAAGAAAGAAAAAUGGUUGGACUGGUCCUGAUCUAUUCUGAGGAUGGUUCUCAAGUGCAAAAUAAAUGCAUAUCACUGGAGUUGAGUCUAUUGAGAUGGUGUGCAUAUUAUCGCUUUGAAAUUGAACUUAAAAAAAUGAGAGAUGACAUUUUGGACUGUAAAAUAAUUUUAGAAUGAUGGCAAAAAAAAGAGCUAUGUGUCAGUGUUUUUGUGUAAGUUGACUUUCUUACAAUUCCUUCAAACUGAAUUAACUUCUGAAAAUACAAAAUCAGAAGACCUUCCAUGCAAUAUAAAUAUUAGAAGAUGUAGAUUCAUCACUGAUACAAUAAAUCAAACUUUCUUCUUUCUGGCAUUCUAAGCCUCAGAAGUAUUUGCUAUCUGAACAGUUUUGUUUUGCAUCACCUUACAUCCUCAGCAUCCUAUCAACACUUGUGCAGAUGCUGAGGAAAUAAACACUCAUAGAAGAUUCUGGUGCAGCUAGAUGUCCCAAAUACCUUUGUGAGUCCAUUUUUUUAAUCUUUGCAAUCCCAAGGUUGGGAACAACCAUUCUAGUGAAUCCUGCUGGGCUCAACUCUCAUGUGGUGUAAUCCUUUUAUGCACACUUAUCACUUUCCCUAUUCUACUUAUCUCUUUCCCUAUUCCAUUGUUACUAGAAUUUUUAUGAGGUCCUCAUGAUUAUUGGCCUGGUCUAUCCUCAUUCACCUGAGAAAGAAUGUUACUAUACUUGCACCUGCAAAUGUUUAAAAAGGGGGGAGUUCUCCUGUGUCAUGAAGUCCAUGUCAAGGGAUCUUCUGCUUCCUGGGUCAAAUUGCUUUGGAGAUACCCGGUGAAAGGAAGUGAGAAAGGAAAUUGAAAUUCUGUUUUUAAAUCUAGUCACUAGAAACACUAUUGUUCUUUCCACAGAGUCUGCAAUG